UUCCGAGAAAACAAACUACUCUUUCAAAUCUGACAUGCAUUAAGGAUGAAGGAUUUCAUUUUUUCCUGAAUUUAGACCAACAAAUCCAACAGCUAGAAACAUUUGAAAAUUUGAACUUGUAUGGCCAGAACUUUUACAGUUACAUCUACUCUAGCUUAAAAGAAAGUAAGGACUUAAAGAAAUCUUGGUUGACUCUAUUUCAUGAUGAGGAUGAAAUGAAUGUUAAUGACUAUCAAGAAAGUCUUGAAAACAUGUACAUUGAAGUUCUUACAAAGUAUAUCAAAAUGUCCUCCGCACAGUUCCGCCAGGAAUACAAAAGAGAGCUAAGAGUACAAAAAGAGGAGGCUCAUAGAAAACAGAUCCGAAUGCGAACAGACAAAGCAAAUAAACAAAAGCUGGAUUUCAAUUUUAUCAUUGUUGAUGAAAGCGAUUGCAAGAUGAAAUCUCAUUUGCGCCUCCAAAAUGAGUUGUUAGACAAUGACAGUUUCUUACAAGUAUUUACCAAAUCAAAUGUGAUGCAGUUAUGUAAAGCAUAUAAUCUGAGUAUUUCAAACAGGAUGACAAAAAAAUGAGUUAUGUGCAUCUUUAAAAAAAUCCAUCCAAGACCAAGAUAAAAUGCCAAACUCAGCAAUACUAACAACUGAAGCAGGAGAGAAAGUCACAUCUGAAGAAACAUUCUCUGUACAGGGUCAAUCUACAUCACACGAAGAUAAUUUAGUCAGACCAGGCCCAUCAGGGGGAGAAGACACCACCCAAAAAUCUAAUCCAAGAAGAGGCAGGAAAAGGAAGAGGAGACAAGGAGGUAAAGGGAAGAAGAAGAAAACUGUAGACCAGCAGCUGAGUGAUGUUUACAUGUGUGGAAUAUGUGACCAGCAAUGUGACAAUGAGUGUGUUUGUUGUGAUAUAUGUGAUACAUGGUAUCAUUUCAUUUGUUUACAGGUUGAUGGGGAUGACGAGGAGUUUAAUUCUGACUGGUAUUGCAAUACUUGUAAAAAUAAUUAAAUUGCCUGAACACAUAUAUUGCAUUUGUCUCAUGUUUGUUUACUGUAAAACAAUUAAGGCAAUUUGAUGGGAGCAAAUUCAAUGA